AUGUCUACCUUUGGUGAUAGUAGUCGAAACAGCAGUCCUCUGAACCAACAGCCUGCCGAGCCAGUGGAAUUCCUCAACAACGACCGCAACAAUUCCAGCAUGUCGAACCAUUCUCACACACACCCGGCGCCGAUUAUGCGCCACUCGUCUGGCUCAUCGUCACAUUCUUCACUAAAGAGCCCGCGGACUGCGCGCUUUGCCGAGGAGACCACCGUGAUCUCCCCGGUUGCAGGCCACUCGCCCUUUGCAGACCCAUCGUCCGAAAAGGCACCGCAGCCGCAUGUGUCCGAUGUUGGCUUUGGGUAUGUCGCAGACAGCGAUCCGUCGCGACAUGCAGCACAGCCGCCUCUGACGCCGGCGUCGCCAUUGAAGAGCGCGCUCAAGACGCCAGGAACAGCGAGGACGUUGAACCCGCUGAGUCCGACUUUUCGCGAGGAACUCCGUUUGGAGAAGGAGGAAAAGAAAUCUGAACGACAAAAUGCCCGAGACUUGAAAAUCAAAGUCCGAGUACGAAUGGCCAAGGUUAUGCUGCGUUUCGUGAACUUUGGCUGCAGCUUGAUCGUGCUCUCGCUUCUCUCGACUAGUUUGAACAUCUUCAGAGCCACCAAGGGUCUCGAGACCCGAAACAAUCUCCCUCCAUGGGCAGAAGGCACCAAUCCAUGGCCACAAUACCUCUUGCUGGUGCUAUCUUCCGUUUCCCUGUUUACUGCCGUGAUCGUCUUCUGGGGUUAUUGGAAAGGAGGACACCGACGAGGAGAGAAAGUCGCCAUAUACUACUCGCUCUUCUCCGUCGGCUUCUUCACUUUUAGUGCAAUCAUGUGGGUUGUUGGCGCGGCUGUUUUCCAAAACUCCAAGGCCAACGGCAAUGGCAAAGAUCUUUGGGGUUGGUCCUGCAACCAGAAUCUUCGAGAGCAACUCUUUGACAAAGAGGUCAACUACAGCCUGGUCUGCCGUAUGCAAGACUGGUCGCUCGUAUGCGCCAUCAUUGAGGUUGUUCUCGAGGCAGUCGUCCUGGUGAUCUACGCCGUUGUGUUUUACCGCUUCUACUCUAAGCAGCGCCUAAAGAAGACCAUGGAUCUCCGUGACAAGGCGCGUUCGGACCUGUAUCUUGCCCAGCUCCGUGUUCAGUCCGCGCCUAAUACCCCCGGAUUCAUGCCCAUGACGCCCAGAUCACCCUACCACCCCAUGACGCCCAAGUCUCCCUACGUCACCAUGGCGCCUCCUCAAGACGUCUACUCCAGCGCGGAGAACGGCGAGAGCUACGCUGUGCAAUACGCAAACCCCAAGUCGCCGACGCGCGCAGUCACGAAACCAUUCCAGCUGCAAGCGCCGCCGAUUCGCGUCCAGCAGGCCACACCCAAAGUCGCGCAAGACGGGUUUUCUUCUCAGCGAAGUGCUUCACCUGACGAAGAGUCUCUGUCGGAAAAGGUUAAUGAGCAUGUUGGCGCCGCGCCGGGCGAGAAGACGUAUGAUGCAGUGCCAAUUCCGGGGGCUUAUGAUGGCCCCAUGAGCAGCCCUAGCUAUCCUCCUGCUCAGCAGCAUCAAUACCAGUGA